AUGGGUCGAAAUGCGAAAACACCUUUUGGAGAGGUUCGUAAGAGAAAACCAACGACUCGUUGUGCAAAUUUGGUUCAUAAGCUCCUUACACAACCAUUUAUCAGGAGCAAUGCAGUAGAAUGGGGUAAAGUCAAUGAGUCUACUGUAAAAAAUAUUUUGAUAAAACAGCAUAAAUUGAAUAUCGAGUCAAGUGGAUUAUUUAUUAGCGGUGAAUACCCCUGA